UCGUGAAAGGAGACCAGAAGGUGAUCGAAAGAAAGCAGGGAUGCGGAGGAGAGGAAGACAUUAAAGAGAGAGAGAGAGAGAGAGAGAGAGAGAGAGAGAGAGAGAGAGAGAGAGGCUGGCCCGUCCUUUAAUGCGGCUCUACUAAUAUUUCACAGCGGAGAGGAGGAGCAGACAGGACGGUGAAUCCAGAGAAGGAAGAGACAGAGACAGAGGAGAACAUUAACAAAGCUGUGUGAGACGCACCCGGGUCGCUUCUAUCAUCUGAAUCACGGAGGUGGUCUCACCGACGUUGCGAGCAGCAUCACCCCGCCUCCUGCGCAUCAUUCGCGGCUCCGCACCGCAGCUGCCCGGGGAGAAGACUAUCCGCAUCUUUGCAAGGCCCAGACUGAAUGCCUCCUCUUCCUGUGAGAUAAAGUGAAGAGGUUCUGAUUCUAUCUGCACCUGAUCUGUUCGUGAUUCUGUUGUAAUCCAUCUGAAUCCAGAUGAUGGAGCACUUGCUAUGUCUGCUGGUCCUCAGCUUAGUAGCCCUGAGGGAAGCUGUCGGUGGAGAUGUGUGUGUAUCGGGUCAUGACAGCGGGCCAGUGUUUGAAGAACAGCCGAGCAGUUUAAUCUACCCAGAGGGCCUAAUUGAAGGCAAGGUGACCCUCAGCUGUCAAGCCAGAGCCAGUCCAGCUGCAUCCUACAGAUGGCUUGUGAAUGGCACAGAGGUCCCAUUGGGUUUGGACCUGCGCUAUACCCUGGUGGCUGGUAGCCUGGUGAUCAGCAGCCCUGAGUCUAUUCGAGACACAGGCUCCUAUCAGUGUCUGGCCAUCAACCGUUGUGGCACCAUCAUCAGCCGAGCAGCUAACCUCAAAUUUGGCUACCUCCAUGACUUCCCACCAGACAGCAGGAGUCCUCAGACAGCAUAUGAAGGCAUAGGAACUUUCCUGGCCUGCCAGCCACCUGUACAUUACCCAGCUCUGUCCUACCGCUGGUUAAUCAACGAAUUUCCCAACUUCAUCAAGACGGACGACGGCCGCUGGUUUGUAUCGCAGGUAACAGGGAACUUGUACGUGGCCAAAGCAGAACCAAACGACACCGGAAACUACUUCUGCUUCACCACCAUCAAUUUGGACAUCAGCACCAAGAGCACCUUCAGCAAGGCCAACCAGCUCACUGUGCUGCCUGAUGCCAAUCCCAGAAAGUCAGCUCCGAGCAUCAAAGUGCGCUUCCCAGCAGAAACCUAUGCCCUAGCAGGACACACCACUCAGUUAGAGUGCUUUGCCUAUGGAAAUCCAGUCCCAAAACUGCGAUGGAGGAAGGUGGACGGCUUGAUGCCGUCCAAGGCAGGCUUAAGUGCUGAGAGUCCCACCCUCAUUCUGCCAGAACUCUCCUUCGAUGAUGAGGGUGUUUACGAGUGUGAGGCCUACAACUCAGAGGGAAGCGACACAUACCAGGGACGCAUCAACGUGCAAGCUCAGCCAGAGUGGUUACAGGUGAUGAGCGACUCAGAGGUGGAGAUCAGUUCAGAGCUUCUUUGGAGCUGUGUUGCUGCUGGUAAACCCCGGCCCUCCAUACGCUGGCUACGCAAUGCACAGCCACUCAGCACACAGGACCGGGUGGAGGUGAACGGGGCUCGUCUUAAGAUCAGUAACCUGGCCCUGGAGGAUUCUGGGAUGUACCAGUGCGUGGCUGAGAACAAACAUGGCACCAUCUACUCAACUGCCGAGCUCAGAGUCCAAGUUCAGGCUCCAGACUUCAGGUUGAAUCCAGUAAGGAGACUGAUCCCAGCAGCCAGAGGGGGGCAGGUGAUGAUCGAGUGUCGCCCUCGAGCUGCCCCAAAGCCCAGCCUGUUCUGGAGCCGCGGGACUGAGCUGCUCAUCAACAGUAGCAGAGUCACAGUAACUCCAGACGGCAUCUUAUGGAUCCACAACAUCAGCAGGGCAGACGAAGGGAAGUACACCUGCUUUGCUGAAAACUACCUGGGCAAAGCUAACAGCACUGGACACCUGUCUGUCAGAGAUGCAACUAAGAUCACGUUGGCUCCUUCUAACGCUGACAUCAAUCAAGGGGAGAAUGUGACACUGCAGUGUCACGCCUCCCACGACCCCACCAUGGACCUGACCUUCACCUGGGCCCUCAACGGGGUCCUGCUGGACCUGGAGGACACAGCGGGGCCGUACCACCGCGUGGAGGGGAAGGAAAACAUUGGUGACCUGUUGAUUGUGAACGCUCAUCUGAGUAAAGCAGGGAUGUACACCUGCACAGCUCAGACUGUGGUGGACAGCGCCUCAGCUUCAGCUAAACUGGUGGUUCGAGGCCCCCCGGGACCUCCUGGAGGUUUAUUGGUAAAGAAUGUCGCUGAGACGUCGGUGGAGCUCAGGUGGAGUCGUGGCUACGAUAACCACAGUCCGAUCGGCAAAUAUGUCAUCAUGGGCCGAUCACUGCUGUCAUCAGAGUGGAAGAAGAUGAGAACAGAUCCGGUGAACAUCGAGGGGAAUGCAGAGUCGGCUCGUGUGAUGGGACUGAUGCCCUGGAUGGAUUAUGAAUUCCAGGUCAUCGCCAGCAACAUUCUGGGCAGCGGAGAGCCCAGCAUGCCCUCACAUACCAUCCGCACACAGCAAGCAGCUCCUACAGUGGCCCCCAGUGGUCUUGGAGGAGGAGGAGGAGACCGCAACGAACUCAUCGUUACCUGGACGCCCAUGGCCAGAGAGUACCAGAAUGGAGAUGGCUUUGGCUACAUCCUGGCAUUCAGGAAGAAAGACUCAUCAUCUUGGACAGUGUUACGUAUUCCUCACGUGGAGUCAUCGCGUUAUGUUUACUACAAUGACAGCCUGACGCCGUAUAGUCCCUUCGAGGUGAAGAUCAAAGCUUACAACCGCAGAGGAGAAGGUCCGUUCAGUCAGAUCGCUGUGGUCUACUCUGCAGAGGAAGAGCCAACAGUAGGACCAUCAAACAUCAACGCCACGGCACUGACUGCUUUUGAGAUCCAGGUUUCAUGGGAGCCCGUCCAGCAGCUCAGCGCCAAUGGCAUCCUCAGAGGAUAUGAGAUCAGGUACUGGCGGCAGCAUGAGCGGGAAGCAGCAGCAGACAGAGUGCGGACAGCUGGACUGGAAACAACAGCCCGAGUGUCUGGACUUAGACCCAGUACUCGAUACCAUGUUGCUGUGCUGGCAUACAACAGUGCAGGCACCGGGCCGCCCUCGCCACGCACCACCGUCACCACCAGGAAACCACCUCCUAAUCGUCGUCCAGGCAAUGUGUCAUGGAAGACUGAUGGCUCAUGGGUAACAGUGAGGUGGGAUCAUGUGAAAGCCAUGCACAAUGAGUCGGCCGUACUGGGCUACAAAGUCCUGUACAAACAUGAGGGCCAAACAGCACUGAAGGUUCUGGACAAGGCCAAGACCUCAGUGAGCCUGCCGCUGCCAAAAGACAAUGGCUAUGUUGUGUUGGAGAUUAGGUCCUGGGGAGAGGGCGGGGAUGGGCCAGCACAUGAGAUUAUUGUGUCCCGGGACUCAGGCACUGGAAUGAUGGUGCAGAACGAGGCCUCCUCCACACUCUGCAGCCCUACUCUCCACCUCCUCAUUGGCUUGGUUCUCCUCGUGCAAUCAUCAGGCCUGUGAUCUCUGCCAAUUUGUGGACUUUUUGCUUUUAAUGGCUUGAAACUAAAGCUGUCCUGUGUCUCGGCCUGUGUUUUGGGUCAUUGUGGGUUCCAGUGGAUGGGGAAGGUUGUAGCACUGCAGGGAUUGGACGGGUGGGGGAGGAAGGAGGGGUUUUAGUUUUCAUGUUUUUUUAAACAAUAACAACGGAGAGGGUCUUUUUUAACAAAAAGUCUGGCUGGGUUGGAGGGGUUGGGGGAGCAGGGCAGCCCUGUCUGGGUGUGUAUUUGUGUACGGGUGUCAGUAAAACCAUGCCUUAUGGGGACCAUCACAUCUGUGGCUGACACGUCUCAUACGUGUGUCCUUCCAAAGUGUAGCUGGCGAGACACAGACUUCAGGUGUAUAUUAUUCAUAGAAUCAAUGAUGUGUAUAACUUGUGUACAUACAGUACAGUCUGAUAUGUGAUGGGUGUCUGCCUGUUCACUCUGAGAGCAACUCCACAAGUCUCUGUGUUCUGACCGGCAGUGGGUGGUGUCAAAAUAGCUCUUCAUGCAUUUUUCACUGCUUGGUAUGUACUGUCAGAAUUUUAUGGUCACUUUUCUCCACAUUUUGAAAAACCUGGAAUUUCAUAAUGCAGCUUUUAAAAACCCUAUGAUAUGAUUACCCUAUGAAGUCACUAGAUUGUCCGGAGAACAAUUAUUUGUCUUGGAAAACUUUUGAAAUUAAAUUCAGAUGGCUGCACAAACAUACUGUAGCCACUAAGUAUUGUAUACAUCUUACCAAAUUGACACCAUGUUGACACCAAGCACUACUAUCAACUAAGUCAACAGCACAGACUGUACAUAAAAAUAGACGAUGCGUCGCUGCUUCUACCGUACAAAAAUAAAGCCAAAACAUCUUGGAUACAGCCACUGCCAUCUUGCACCGGUGACAUCAUUUGAAGCCAGAGUCUGUGCAGUAGUGAUCUCUGUGGUAUCGAGUUCCCGCCCAUACACCCAUCCGACCAAUCGCAAGCAGUGCCUUUGAUCGUAGGCACAUCGAUUAGCACACACAGCUGUCAAUCAUGAUGUCAAACACUCUUUUUAUAGCAUCAAAUAACUAGUAUAACCAACUCUAUCAGAAACAAGGAACACUUGAAAACGACAGCAACGUGGUAUAAAAUAAAAUGACAGAAACCAUGUUUGAGAAAACAAAUUAUUGAUGUGUAGUUUGAGCUGUGUGUCCUCCUGUCUGUACCAUCCUUGUAAACACAAUAUCUCAAGACUGCCUCCAGGGAAUUUCUUCAGAUUUGGCACAAACGUUCCCUUGGACUCAAUG